AUGCCACGGUCUUCACAGGAGGAAGUGGCCUUUCUCAUGUCACAGGAGGUAUGGGGCAAAAUCCUGUUCCUAAACGCCAUGAAAGGUGAAUGGGAAGAGGUUAAGGAGGCCUAUAGAUCACAGGGUUCCGUAGUUCAAAAGAUGAAGAUCACCAGAGCGGGGGACACUGCUCUACAUAUCGCUGCUUCGUAUGGCGAAACACAAAUUGUGUCGGAUUUGUUGGAAAUCAUUGAAGACGACGCAUCCAAGUCCAACAUAUUGAAAAUAGAAAAUAACAAAGGCAACACACCUCUCCAUUUAGCUGCUACAGCUGGGGAUGUGAAAAUGUGCCAUGCAAUGGCCACCAUAGACCCCGACCUCGUGUCGUCUCGCAACCAUGAGAAUGAAACCCCUCUCUUCUUGGCAGCUCUUCAUGGAAAGGAAGAUGCUUUUCUUUGCCUUCAUUCUCACUGUGAACAAAACUGCCAUUCGUUUAGAACAAAAAAUGGUGAUACCAUUCUCCAUGCAGCUAUCUCCGGUGAAUACUUGAGUUUGGCAUUCCAGAUCAUUCUGUGGCACCCAGACCUUGUUAAUUAUAUGAAUGAGAGUGGCUUCUCUCCGCUCCAUAUUCUCGCCAAUACUCCAUCAGCAUUCAAUAGCAGUAGCCGCCUUAGACCGUUGGAUCGUCUCAUAUACAAAUGUUUGAUUGUUAAAGAGCUAAAAGAGGAAAAGGACAAAAAGAAUACUUGUCCCCAAGAGAAACAACCAGGAAUCAAUAUGAGUUCUGAAUCUGAUCAAACAUUAAAGACCAAAAUCAUAGACAAAACUCUUGGCGAGAAAAGGCGACAUAAAUGGGCUACUCAGGUCAUGAAGGAAUUGGUUAAGAAUACUUCUUCAUACAUGUAUGAACAAACUCCCGGAGAAACUCGAGCAGUAGAUGAUGAAAGUUUUGAAGAAGUUCCUAAUAAACCUGUUACCGAAUCAGAGGAGGAGGGUAAAAGUAAAAGUGAUGAGAAGAAAGACAAAGAUAAGAAUAAUGAAACUGAUGAGAAAGUGAAAAGGCAAACACCUAUAUUAAUUGCAGCAAAGAUGGGAGUAAGUGAAAUGGUUGAGGAAAUCCUAGAAAAUUAUCCAGUGGCUAUCCAGGAUGUGGACUCAGAAAACAAGAAUGUUGCACUCUUGGCAGUUGAGAACAGGCAACCCCAUGUUUACAAAUUACUGCUAAAGAGAGAGAAGCAAAUCGAAAGCUUGUUACGUCAGGUGGACAAGACAGGUAACAAUGCAUUGCAUCUUGCUGCUAAAUAUGGAAGUUAUCGGCCAUGGCUUACUCCAGGUGCCGCACUACAAAUGCAGUGGGAACUCAAGUGGUUCACGUUUGUCCAAACUUCCAUGCCAUCCCAUCUAUCUGUUCGCUCCAACAUUGAAGGUCAGACACCCAAGGAGAUCUUCACAACUUCACACAAACCUCUGCAAAAAGAAGGCAGUAAUUGGCUCGUCAAAACCUCCGAGUCAUGCUCUGUCGUCGCUGCGCUCAUUGCUACUGUUGCAUUUGCAACAUCAGCAACUGUACCAGGAGGACUCGAUAAUGAAACGGGUGAACCGGUUUUCAAAGACAAGCCAGCGUUCGAUGCCUUCACCAUCUCAUCACUGGUUUCUCUCUGCUUGUCAGUAACUGCCUUGGUCUUCUUUCUUUCCAUUAUUACAUCUCGAUACGAAGCACAUGAUUUUUCCAUCAACUUGCCCCGGAAACUUUUGCUGGGUUUAACAUCACUCUUCGCAUCCAUAGCAUCCGUGUUAGUCUCAUUUUGUACUGGCCAUAUUUUUCUCCUUGAUCGACAACUGAGAUAUGUGGCAUAUCCAUUAUAUGCAGCGACUUGCUUGCCGGUUACCAUUUUCGCUCUUGCCCAGUUGCCCCUCUACUAUGAUCUCAUAAGGGUCAUGUUCGGAAAGGUUCCACAGCGUAGCUACAAGGAAUAUAGACACUAUUAACUUAACUGGGACUCGACUCGAUCAUCUAUUGCCGCUAUAAUUAAAAUUGUGUUUUUCCAAUAUAGUCUUCUUUUCUUUUUCUUUUUUUGGGAGGAAAC